GGGGACCCCAGUCCUGAGCCGGGAAGUUGCCCGCCCAGGAGUUUCCUGCCCCGACGUGCUGGCUGCUUCUCGUGCCUCGGUUUCCCCUCCGACUCGGAGAGCGACAGAGUUGGUAUUGUCUGUGGAACAGGCAUCCUCAGCAAUUCGAGUCUGGCAGAGGGUGCCGAUCAACUCCAGACCCCAGGACCGCGAACGGGCGCCUAACAAAGAUCCCCUCCCUAGCCGAGCACGCUCAGCACGGGCCGCGAGCAUCCCGAGACUCGCGGGGCCCUCUUCCGCACCCUGACUCUUUGCAAGCCUUUCUGGGCCUCGCGUGAGCUGGGGGGACGGUGGGCGCGUAUUGAUUUGUUUUAGUCUCGCCACGCUGCGGCCAAUAAAAGGUUUAUGACAUCUGACCAGCAGUGAAGGUAUGUGUGCUCCCAAUUGCCCUGUGUACGGGGAGAAGAGCAGUUUUCCCGUUGCCUGGCAACGCCGCCGAUUGACGCAGGGCCCAGCCAAUCGCUGCCCUCCUUGGUCCCCUUGAAAUGUUUUUGACAAGUACAGUAAAAGGGAGUGGAGCGCGUGCGUGCGUGCGCGCGCAAGGAGGGGGAGGUUCCCGGUCCCCCAAACUCGCGACUGCCCAGCUUUGGUUGAGAAAGAUUUCUCAACUUUUUAAAAAGUUCACCACCAACAUCUGUUCAGACCUGGGCCGUAAUGGCGUUGUCAGGUAUUUGGAGACGUUCUGCUAUUAGCCAAAAAAGAGCCUUCACGUAAAUGGGUCCAGUCAUGCCUGCCAGUAAGAAGGCUGAGAGCUCAGGAAUCAGUGUGUCCAGUGGACUGAGUCAGCGUUACCGGGGCAGCGGUUUCUCCAAGGCCCUCCAGGAAGACGAUGAUCUUGACUUCCCUCUGCCCGACAUCCGAUUAGAAGAGGGGGCCAUGGAAGAUGAAGAGCUGACCAACCUGAACUGGCUGCAUGAGAGCAAGAACUUGCUGAAGAGCUUUGGGGAGUCGGUCCUUAGGAGUGUCAGUCCUGUGCAGGACCUAGACGAUGACACCCCGCCAUCCCCUGCCCACUCGGACAUGCCCUAUGAUGCCAGGCAGAACCCCAACUGCAAGCCCCCCUACUCCUUUAGCUGCCUCAUAUUUAUGGCCAUCGAGGACUCUCCGACCAAGCGCCUUCCAGUGAAGGACAUCUACAACUGGAUCUUAGAACAUUUCCCGUAUUUUGCAAAUGCACCUACUGGGUGGAAGAACUCAGUGAGACACAACUUGUCAUUGAAUAAGUGUUUCAAGAAAGUGGACAAAGAGAGGAGUCAGAGUAUUGGGAAAGGGUCAUUGUGGUGCAUAGACCCAGAGUAUAGACAAAAUCUAAUUCAGGCUUUGAAAAAGACACCUUACCACCCACCUCCUACUCCUCAGGCUUAUCAAAGCACAUCGGGUCCACCCAUCUGGCCGGGCAGUACCUUCUUCAAGAGAAAUGGAGCCCUUCUGCAAGAUCCUGACAUUGAUGCUGCCAGUGCCAUGAUGCUUUUGAAUUCUCCCCCUGAGAUACAAGCAGGUUUUUCUCCAGGAGUGAUACAAAAUGGAGCAAGGGUUCUGAGCCGAGGGCUUUUUCCUGGUGUCCGGCCGUUACCAAUCACUCCCAUUGGGAUGACGGCAGCCAUAAGGAAUAGCAUCACCAGUUGCCGGAUGCGGACUGAGAGCGAGCCGCCAUGUGGCUCCCCAGUGGUCAGUGGUGAUCCGAAGGAGGACCACAACUACAGUAGUGCCAAGUCCUCCACUGCCCGGAGCACCUCUCCCACCAGCGACUCCAUCUCCUCUUCCUCCUCCUCAGCCGACGACCACUAUGAGUUUGCUACGAAGGGGAGCCAGGAGGGCAGUGAGGGAAGCUUCCAGAGCCAUGAGAGCCACAGUGAACCGGAGGAGGAGGACCGGAAACCCAGCCCGAAGGAGGGCAAGGAUGCCCUGGGGGACAGCGGAUACGCAUCCCAGCACAAGAAGCGCCAGCACUUCGCCAAGGCCAGGAAGGUCCCCAGCGACACACUGCCCCUCAAAAAGAGACGCACGGAGAAGCCGCCCGAGAGCGACGACGAGGAGAUGAAAGAGGCGGCCGGUUCACUCCUGCACUUAGCAGGGAUUCGGUCCUGUUUGAACAACAUCACCAAUCGGACGGCCAAGGGGCAGAAAGAACAAAAGGAAACCGCAAAAAAUUGAAACAAGUCUCUGAUUUGUUUUGAACUUAUGGCCAUUUGGUUUCAGCAUGUCAGGAGAUUUCUAAUGAUUUGUGGCAAUAUCAGCAAUUUUUUUCUUUUUUUUUUUUCCUCUUUUCCUUUUGUUGGUUUGGUUUCUUUUCUUUCUUUCUUUAUUUCUUUCUUUCUUUCUUUUGUUUUUUAAUUUGCCCCCCACUCCUUUGUUUUUGGACCCUUAAAAUUUUUCUGUUUAAAGGAGAUUGAAGCCAUAGAAACUCAUAUUGACACUCAGCCGUUUUACAAAAGCUUUUCUUUAUCUGAAUACAAAAACCGAAAGAAAAAAAAAAGCCAAAAUUAACCGUUGCUUCCUGCAGCCUGUCAGAAACCUGUGGCUAAACCCACAGGGCUGUCCAUGUUAAUGCCACAGGGACAUGGAGCACCACCUGGGAGGCACGCACGCACGCAGAGUUGUCACUGCUCAGCCCAACCCUUAGGUUUAAAAAGUCCGUUGUGUUUGGAGUGAGGCUGGGAAGCAGUUACAGAGACUGAAUAGCCCUUGUCCCCUAGGGGAUAACCCCAUGCUCUGGCCCUGGCAUCCCACAGUACCACAAAUGCCAUUGGCCUUGCUGUGUGGCAAGCCCAGGGCCUGGCUGCCAGUCCUCUGUGUUUCUUAACCUUGAGCCUGGUAACAUCUCCCAAGUUGAAUACUAGACUGUUCAGGUAUAUUAGGUGUCAGUGACUGAGGUGGGAAAACAGGGAUCGUUAGAGCCAUUGAUAACCACUGAAUUCUGCUCUAUGUUAAAUUAAGAAGACUUCCAAAGCCAUAAGCCUGAAGGUUGGUCCUGUGUGUGUGUGUGUGUGUGUGUGCGCGCGCGCGUGUGCGCGUGCGCGUGCACACACAAACACACGACUUAAAGGUGAUGCAGAAAACAGGCUGUGCCCCUUAACUGCCCAAGAAAAAGCAAUCAUGCCCAAGAAAUGACAGUAGCUGUUAAGAAAAGAAAAGUGGUACAGAUUUUUUUCCUCCUAAAUAAUCUGAUCCAAGUUGGGGGGGGGGGGCUACAGAAACUGCCAUUAGUAUUACAGUGUCUUUUUAUGAGAUUAAAGGCACAUUGAUGGACUCAAAAAA